AUGGAGGAUGAACGGAGAAAAACUGCACAUCGAAUCAUGGAAGAAAAGAAUGGGAAAACAGAUGAGAUUGUAAAGAGCUCCGUUAAAGAUGUAAGAAACAAGACCACUCUGCCAGUUUACCAAUCAGGAAUCAGUAGGAUUGUUACACUUGAAGUUAUCAACCGAAGAAUCGAGCCUUCAAGAACUGAAAAACAAGCGAAUGCUGCAAUCACCAUUAUAGCAGAUCGUUCGCGCUCGCAGAAACGUUUCUUGGAGGAGUCAACAAGACAUGUCAGAACACAAGAUAUGUGCUUCAAACAAAAAACACCACACGAGUCUAAAGUUUAUGUAGAUGUAAAGGAUAAAUACCUUAUGCUAAUGCAAGAAGCACGAAGACAUGAUAAUGACCAGACAAACUGGAAGCGGAAAAUAAUCCCCAAAGUUGACCCACUUACACUUGGAGCGUUAAACCAAGCGGCGAGUGAAUAUGCCACAAAGAGUCCCACCAUUUCAAUGACUGAUCCUGUAAGGCAGUUGCAGGUGGCACAACAAUGUUAUGAAGAGAUGGCAAAACGUGAAAAGAAGCGAUCGGGGUGGAAGGCAAGCAUAGAAAAGAAGAUAAAUGUGAACAACUUUCACGAAAUCCUUAUACGAAAAGAGAGGUAUUUGGCCGGAGAGACACUUAUAGGUAAAAACUGA